UACAAUGAGAGAGUGCCUGCCAAUGACCAACUAAAGGGAUAUUUCAGAUGAACAAUACAGCCUUAUGCCAGAGUUGUUUUAUUUGGACAACUUUGACCAUUGUAUGUUAAGAAAACAAGAAGCACUGUACUGCACUUUUACGUUUGAAUUAGAGCCUCUAUCAGAUAAUAAUACUGUUUGGAAUAUAAUACAGAAUGUCAGCUCCAGUCCUCAAAACUACAACCACAGAAAUUUGCGUCAUGGAAUAUGUGUACCAACAAGUUGCCAGUAUGACUACAAAACAGCUCGUACCACAGCAGAAGCUAUCUAGAACUGUUACAGGCGGAAAAUGCUUCCUUCGGGAUUUUCUGGGAAAGUAACUCAUCUAAACUGUCAAGGAUCGAAGUCUAAAUACCCAACUGAUGUAUAUGACUGGCUUGCAGCUGCUCUUUUGACACUCUAUGUACUGUUUGUUAUGUUUGCCUCAUUCUAUGAAAGAAUGGUAUUGAGAAAUUCAUCUUUGAAGAAAAUUUCAACUGUGGGGAAAAUAUUGGAAGAUUUCUCUUUCUACAAAAAUUGGAAAAGACUGAUGUCGAUACCCACAAGUCCCGACCACAUAAAGCUACGACCUUUGCAAGGAAUGAGAUUCUAUACAAUGUUUUGUAUAGUUAUGUCCCAUACACUACUGGGCAUAUUUUCUGGACCAAUAUCUAACACACGUUACACAGAAGACAUGACGAAAAAAUUCUUGAACAUGAUGGUGGCCAACGGUUGGUACAUAGUACAAUCGUUUUUUGUUAUAUCCGGAUUUCUGACAGCGUACAACUUUUUCGACAUGAAAUUGAAGAAAAAAACUUUGUCAAACUCGUUCUUCCCGUGGGCCAUAUUUCUUAGAUAUAUCAGAAUUGUUCCUGCGAUGUUCGUAGUGAUGGCCCUUCACAGCACAUGGUUAGUUCAUACAUUUAAUGGGCCGUAUUGGGAUGAGUUUGUGGGUCAAGAAUACAGAAAUUGUCGAAAUAAUUGGUGGGCAAAUAUUUUACUAGUGAACAAUCACGUGAAUUUACCUGAAAUAUGUAUGCAGCAUAGUUGGUACUUAUCGGCUGACAUGCAAAUCUUCAUACUAGCUAUGGUGGUACUGUUCAUAAUACACAAAUAUCCAGAGAAAGUACUGCACAUAUUUGGUGUUGUUUUGGGAAUCGGUCUUAUUGUACCUGGAAUCGUGGCCUAUAUUAGGAAGUACGAUAUUUUAUACAGACAAUACCCUGAGUAA